AUACUAGGUUUUGUGAGUCAUCUGCAAGGGGACAAUGAGCGCGCCUUGGAGUUUCUCCUUAAAGGCCAGGAUGUCUUAACGGAGGACAGAAAGGCCGACACGGAGUUUCUGCAUUUUAUCAGACCGGAACCGAUGAUAUCAACAACACACCGAGGUCAAGAUUGGCAUUAACAGCUUUAUUUUGCUGCGAUGGCGUUGAACCAGGAAACUUCACUUAAAAUAAAACUUAUUCAACUUCAGUGCCACUUCACCUGGGGUCUCAGGAAAGAGGACACUGACCUCAGUAACCUGCAAAAUAGACUGGAGGAUGAUAUCAAUUUCAGUUCACCUGAUCAAGCCGGGGGCAAGCACUUAUUUAGCUAUUUGGCUUUUGUGAAUUAUUUGCAAGACCAGCCAGAAGAAGCACUCGCUAACUUGGCAAAGGCUGAAGACCACAUUCGUAAACACAACAAAGAAUGUGAGAAAAUGCUCAUUGUAACAUAUGGAAACUUUGCAUGGCUGUACUACCACUUGAACGACCAUGCAAAAUCUAUGAGUUAUCUGGAGAAGGUGGAAGAUAUUAAGCAGCGAUUUCCAACACAGUCUCCUACUGCUUUUCAUGCGGAGGUCUACGGAGAGAUGGGAUGGACCUUCCUCAUGUAUUCUAAGACGUACCACGAGAAAGCUAAAGAGUGCUUUGAGAAAGCCUUGAAAGAGUAUCCAGACAAUCCUGACUGGAACUGUGGUUAUGCUACAGCGCUGUACCGGGUUGAAUCUGAGAGCAACACAACUGCAGAUUCACCAGCUACUAAACAGCUAAGGCGUGCCUUAGAGCUGAGCCCUGGGGAUUCUUAUAUCAUGGCACUUUUGGGGUUAAAACUAGCUGAUUGUGGCAUAUUGAAUGAGGCAGAGGAGUUGAUUGAACAAGCUCUUAUGAUUUCACCAACCAACCCUCAUGUCAUGCGGUACGUUGCAAAGUUUUUCAGAAGAUAUGGAUCUAUGGAUAAGGCCAUAAACCUUGUGAACUGUGCCCUUGAAAAAACACCCAAUUCAGCCUUUCUUCAUCAUCAAAUUGCAGUCUGCUAUAGGAAUAAAAGAAUCAACUUGUGCAGAAAUGGAGGGAGAAACAACAAUAGAGAAGAGGUUGAACACCUUCUCCUACUUGCCAUCCAUCAUUUUGAGAAGGCUAUUGAGAUGAAGUCCUCCUUCGUUACUGCCAUCACUGAUCUAGCUCUUUUACAUGCAGAGAAGAGAAACCUCACCAAAGCAGAGGAGCUGUUUCAGGAAGCAUUUCAGGUGGCCAGAGCAAAAAAUGACGACCUGCAAGAUGUUCAUAAAAGUUAUGGCGACUUCCAGCUGUAUCACAAGAGAUCAGUGUCUCUGGCCAUAGAGCAUUACAUGAAAGGGUGUCAAAUUCGGAAAGAUAACAGAGCAGGGGAGCAGUGUGUUCAGAAAUUGGAAAUGAUAGCAAAGAGGCGCAUUGACAGGAAUCCGAGUGAUGGGGAAGCUUUUGGGAUUCUGGGAUAUGUUAAUAAGCUAAGGGGUGACAAGCUUCAAGCCAUAGAGUGCUAUGAGAAAGCUCUUUUACAUAGCCCAGGGAACGGUGAGUUUCUCACAGCUCUCUGUGACCUUCGGCUUUCUCUGCACUAGUCGCUGGCCAUGUUUACCACUACCUGUGCUCACUGUCUGUAACUCUUUGAAAUUUGAAUAGUUGAUAUUGAAAGUGGUUAACAUUUUUUUAAUGAUUAUCUUAAUUUUUAUCAUUCAGUAUAUUAACGCUUAUUUGACUUUCAUCAUCUUAUAGGCAUAUAACAUGCAUUAUAUUUGCAACUAUUUUGACUGCACACAAACCAUCAGUUUCAGAGUUUCAUCUCCUAAUCUAAACCAAUCAAUAUUUAUUAUGAGAAAGUAUUUUUUUCAUGAUUUACAUAAAAAAAAUUAAAUAAAAUGAAAAAGAAAAUUCACUGCACACCGAAUCGAGGGGAAACACAUUGUAUAAUAAAAAAAAUUGAUGAUUUUGCCAAGGGCGGCAUGGUGGUGCAGUGGUUAACACUGUUGUCUCACAUCUCUAGGAUAUGAUUCACUUUGGAAAUUAACUCUUCUUAUGUAACUGAAUAUUUGCUAGGGGGCACAAAGGAGUAAAUGAAAAAAUCUGAAUGGCAUUGGUUGUGUGGUAAGUUUGACACUAUUUAAAGUAUAGUAUUUAUUUAUUUAUUUGUUUAUUUAAAUAUUUCAUAAUAAGUACCAUAUGACACUAUUAACUUAAAUCACACUCCACUGUGAAUGAAACAAUCUAUUCUAAUGACUUCUUGUUUGAUUUUAAAUGGCUGUGUAUUGCUAUUGUCACGAUCUUCAAAUAAACAUUUCAAUGAUCAUUUCAUUUCAAUCUAA